AGAUGCAAAAAUAACUCCGAGACUACCAACAAACAUAAAUAAUCCUAAAGUCAAAGCCCAAACACUAUAUUAAGUAUUAACCUUUAACUCAGUAAGUAAAAGUUUCGAAGAUAUACCAGCAAGGAAUAUAAAAAGGAGGAGCAUCCAUUUAUUUUAGUAUACAUCACUGGUAUUGGUUAAACUUGAAGGAGGAUUAGCUUUUUCCUUAAUUGCUUAGUAAUAGACUAAAUUUCUGGGCAUACAAAUAUUGCCUUUAUAAAGAAAAGUAUCAUAGAUUAGAAAUUAAGCUUCAGGAUUAUCAAUGGAGAAUUUAGCUUAGCAAUUUGUAACAAUAGAGUUAGGUACACAUUCUAAUGUUUUAGGCACUAAGGGAUUUGAAUUUUAUAUACUUCCACUUUUACUAUCUGGCUUUGGACAGGUUUUCACACAAACUGAUUAAUGAAGAGUAGUAGGAGUUGGAUUACUAAAAUAAAUAUAAGGAUAUUCUUUUGAUCCAAUAUCAGCACCACAUGCAAUACCUGAAUGAAAUUGAUAAAAUUACCAUCAGGAUCAAAACCUUUAGUCAGUUUAUCAGGUUAACCAAAUAGAAUGCUUGUGAAUGUUAAUGAAAUAAAGCUCACCAUGCU